AUGGUCAAGACUCGGAAAAGAUUGGCCCUCGCCUGUGAUACAUGCAGGUCACGACGGGUCAAGUGCGAUGGCGAGCGACCAUUCUGCGCGCCCUGUCGCACUCGGGGGCUGAACUGUUUCUAUCAGCAGCUUCCUGAACGCCCCGCCACCAAAGUAGAAACCGAACUAGCCAAUGUCAACCGGCGCUUAGACUACCUCACCAUGCUGUUGUCCAAGGAGUCUCAACCGAUAGCGGAGCCGCAACAGCCGUCGACCAGUGCACUGGGGUCGCAUGAGGACUCGCCAUUCAGGUUGCUGGCCACCGACUCUAUCAUGCGGGUACUCGGCCUAGACGACCAUUAUGCCCGUGGACUUGUUCAGCUAGAGCGAGCGAAUCUGCUGGUCAGCACGGCCACUCCAUCGCGGAUGUUCUUCAUAUCGCACGAGCAGAUCACAGACGCUUUGGCGGCUUUUUCGGAUCGAGUCCAUUGCUAUUAUCCCAUACUUCCUCUUGACUUUUCCGAGACGUAUUUUUCCGUCUUGUCGGGGCCUCUCGCACCCUCGUGCCAGACAUUCCUCGUGCUUCUCGUGGCAGCAAUAGGCUGUGUUGCCCGUGAUCCCACGACUGGAAGUCCCUACUAUGAAGCAGCGCUCGCAUCGCUGCCUGUUGUCCUUGCAGAAUGCACGUUGACGAGCAUACAAUGCCUGAUCUUCUUGAGCAUCUAUUACUGCUGCCUGCUUAAGCCCUGCCAGGCUCACGACUAUUGUUUGAUAGCGUCCUUUAAAAUUCAGAAUCUUUUCAAAAGCGAACUUAGCGUCCAGCUCGACGUCGCCAAAAGCGACCUCUGGAACCUAGACGAGUAUAUCCCGCUUCCCAACUGCCGCCGCACCUGGCAAUUCCCAACCCCACAGGCGCCCAGUACUCUCGCUGGUGUCUCCCCGGCAAGCGUCCACUCCAUCGACAGCACCAGCACAAUAGCAGACCAGGCACAAUCCUUUUUCCUCGCGGAGAUUGCCAUGCGCCGCAUGCUCCACCGGUGUAACUCGGCCGUCACGCGCUCGCCAGAUGGCCGGCCUAGCUACGCACCCAGUAUCGCCCUCGAGCUCGAAAGACAACUGGACGUGUGGUACGACUAUCUCCCCGCGAACAUCCGGUUCGCGAAAGUGCCUGACCGGCAGCUAUAUGCUGACCGAUCCGGCUCGCUGUCGAAUUUCCUCAAUGUUAAGUAUUACUGCUGUAAAUUAUCGAUUUUCUGGCCUGCCGUCUACCAGGCUGUACAAGAUAAUGCCGCAAGCACCCAGCUUCUGGAUCACUGCCAGCGGUUUAUCGAUUCCUAUGUGCAGCUUCUGCCGCGGAUCGCGUUUGCGGUGGACGAUUGCUUAAUAUACAAAUGGACGCUUUCCCUCAGUUUCUUCACCACCACGAUGGCUGCCCUAAAAGUGGCAGAUACCCCCUCUCUUGCCGGUGCCAGCCGUGAGCAGCUACGGGAGUGUCUUGCCUCGGCGGCAGCAAGGGACUGGGGAGGUAUACAUGGUAGUCCCUCGCUCGAGCUAUUGCAACAGACUCUGAAUUCGCGUCUGCAAGUGGUCCAUCCCUGA